AUGUUAGCUGAGAUGAAGCAUGCCACUAAUAAAGUGUUAAUCUGGUCCAAUGAGAAGAUCUUCACUGUUGAGGGAUUUACCAACAGGCAGAAUGAGAGGUUUUAUGCACAUAAUGCAGGAGACUUGCCCAAAGAUAGCAGGAGUUAUUUACACCAUCAGAAGCCAGGUUUAAUUAUGGUGUGGGCCACAGUUGCAUCUGAUGGAUCUAAGUCUCCUUUGAUCCUCAUCGAUGCCGGCAUCAAGGUCAACAGUGAAGUUUAUACGGAAAUGUUGAAUGAGAAAGUGUUACUCUGGGUCACAGAAACAUUUGGUGAUCAUUACACUUUCACUCAAGAUGGGGCUCUAGCCCACAUAUCCAAUUUGACACAGAGGCGGUGCAAAGAGCAUUUCAGCAGUUUUGGAGUCAAGCUGAUAUGGCCUCCUUCAAAUCAAGACAUCAAUCCCAUGGACUUUGCUACCUGGUCCAUCUUAGAGAGAAAUGUUUCUGCUUGCUCCUAUUCAAAUGUGUCAGAUUUGAAGAAAGUCCUUCAGUCUUCAUGGGUCAUGUUGGAUGAAGAGAUGGUAUGGCGCUCUCAUGCAACUCAGUGA